ACCCCUGUAAGAGCAUCUCCAAUAGGCUAAGCAAAUGUGGGUUUUCAGCAAAAUAACUAGCCAAAGCCCAAAAAUCCCUUCCCAGCAGACUAGCUCCACGCUCGGGGAUUUGGUUUUGCGCUACAGUAGCUCAUUUGGCCUGGCGUGGCACUGUAGCUCUCGUCUGUGGUGAUUUCUUCUCCCGCUCUCAGUUUCCCUCGCUUUCUCUCAUGACUCAUCUCCAUUCUCCCGCCCAACAGUUCCCUACUUCUCUCGGUUUCUCUCAGUUUCCUACUUCUCUCAUCUCUAUUUCCACAAGCAGAUUCAUUGCUGGUGGGUUUGCUGAGAUUUUUCAUUCUCCUAAAAGACAAGGGAUGGAUGUGCAGAAAAAUUCAUAUUUCACAAAUCUCUUACAAGAUGGUUUGAUCUUAGAAGAUGAACUCUCAAUGGAGCCUCAAGAUGAAGUUGGAUUUACUUAUGCAAAUCAAAAUGCAGAAGAGUUCACCCAAGCAUCUCAAACCUUAGCUCAAAUGGGAUCCACUUCUAAGAAACUGCAACGCGGUGGUAACUUCACCGAUAAAGAAGACAAAUUGCUUGUAUCGGCAUAUCUGAAUAUAAGCUUGGAUGCCGUGCAAGGGAAUGACCAAAAACGUAAAACAUAUUGGAGAAGAGUGUGGGAUUAUUUCCACGAGCACAAGUCUUUCGUUUCUGAGCGUAAUGAGAACUCUCUAAUGAACAGAUGGUCAGCGAUUCAACUUUCUGUUAACAAGUUUUGUGGAUGCUAUGCUCAAAUUGAAUUGAGGCAUCAAAGUGGUGUGACCGAGGAAGACAAGGUCUCUGAAGCAAAAACUUACUACAAGUCACUCGAGACCUCAAAAAAUAGCUCAAAAAAUAGCUCAUUUCAGUUUGAACACUGUUGGAAACAGUUGAGAUAUCAACCAAAGUGGUUGGAGGACUUUGAGAGGAGAAAACCAAAGAAGAACAAAACUUGGACAGUACCUUCUCCUUCUACUCCAGAGUUGGUAGAUCUUGGAGAAGGUGAUGCCACCUUUGUGGACUUGGAGAGACCUCCGGGUAAUAAAGGUGAGAAGGAGCGAUUGAAAAAAAGAAAGAAAGCUAAAAUUUCCACUUCUCCUCUUGCAGGAAUACUAACUGAUAUCAAGGAAGAACAAAAAAAAGCAAGUGACAAGAAAAUGGACAUCAUCCAACAGCUAAAAGUUCAAGAGCAAGAGAGACUCCAACUUGAGAAAGAGAAACUUCGUCAAGGGGAAGAGAAAAUCUCCAUUAAGCAAAAAAUGCUUCGUGUGGAAGAGAUGAAAGAGGAGGAGAGAAUAAUGUUGGUGGAUACAAGUGUCUUGCCUCAUGUGCAACAAGAGUACUAUCAAAGCCGACAAAGGAAAAUCCUUCAACAACGCGAAAAAAGGAUUUACAAUUGUUAGCCAUUGAACUUUUUUGGAUAUCUACAUGUUUUGGCGGGGUUGAACUAGUUUGCCUCGAUGAUUGCUGGUUUUUGUUAUAGUUUUGUCAUCAAGAAUGUAGAUGAUUGCUGGUUUUUGUUGCCUUGACGAUUGCUGGUUUUUGCUGGCUAAGUUUGUUAGUAAUCGAAGUGUCGAACUUUGUAAGCCUUUUGAUGGCGAAAUUUACAUCUGAUGAAUAUUUGUGUAUGGCUGACUCAUAUGCUAAAUUCUAUUAUCAAUA